AUUUUUGGAAAAGUGUGGGAUGAGCACAGUGUAAGAAUGUUAUAGAAGGACCAACCCAAAAGCCAUUUCCAUUUAGUUAAAAUAUGUGGAAUAAAAAGUUAUCACACGUGUGCCACAAAUUAUGUGCUUCACUACAUCAAAUUCAUGUGGAUUGAUGUGCAUAGGAGAAACUGUUCAACCUAUACACGAUCAAAUCUCACAAAAUCAUCCCACUAUUAGAAAUGAGGUAUUAAAAUUGACAGUUUAAUAUAUGCAGUGAUUGAUGCAUUCUGACAUUAUGACUUGGAGGCAAUAGAGAGUUAUUCCAACAAAAACGUGAAACUUUCUACAUCUAUAAAUAGUGCAACCUUGGCUAUAAGAGCUCUUGCGAAGGGUCAUUUCAUUUGAUCUGAACCAUGUGGUCAUUAACCCCUUCUGGUUUGAUUGAGACUAUAAUAAUAAAAUAAAUGUGUUAGCUAGACAGUAUCUACUAGUGAGUUAGAUGGGUCCCCAGUGUCCCCAGUGCAGGAGUGUUCUAUGUAUUAAAUGCUAGGUUUCCUUUACAUUUUUCUGUAUAAAGUUAUAGUUGGUUUACUGCAAACUGUGUGUUUUAUUUCCCUGGUGGAAAUCCACUGAGGUGUAAUUCCUUAGUGACCACUAGGUGGAGGCAUUGCAAUGAAAAUCCCAAUUCCAAGUACCUUUAAUGCAAAGACGUUCAGAUCACCUCAUCGCCAUAGCAACUGCAAAAAGAGUGAAGAAGUAAGAAGUAAAGAGAGUGUACCAAAACAAGGGCUACUGUACCAUACAACCACAUGGUACAGUACUUAUAUCUACUUAUAUUACAACACCAGCUGUCCCUAAGAAAUUAUUUUUGGGGACACCACGCAAACGUACAUUUCCAUGCAUGUUGUGUCAGAAUUGCAGUAGUAUCAUCAAGGGACCUAAUAUCGCUCAUCCCACACAAGAUUUCACAAUAGAGGUGAAAGGCUAUUAUACAUGUCUCUCCAAUAACAUUGUUUUUGAAAUGCCUAUGUGGCUCGGCUUAUGUAGGACAGACUAGCAGACAAGUGUGAGCACAUUUAACUGAACACAGGAGUGAUAUAAGAACUGAAGUAAAAGGUGGUACAAGAGUUAGUAAGUGAAGUAUAGGCAAAGUUUCAGCCAUAAAAUAACUGCACAAUCGUUAGUAGAUUUGUAUUAAAAGGUUCUGCUGUUUGGGACAUAUAUUUUAUUUUAUUUUUGCAUUUGGGGUGUAGAGCCCCUUUAAAUCUUAUGAGCUGUGUUUUAACAAAUGAUGUUAUAAUGCUUAAAAUGCACCUGUUCAGCUGGUGAUGAUGUCAUAAUGGUUAGUUCACAGGAAUUACAGGAGAACACUUUGUAUUUGGGGUGUAGAACCCCUUUAAAUUGUAUGAGCUGUGAUUUAGCUGAUGAUGUCACAAUGCUUAAAGCAAACACCUGUUCAGCUGGUUAUGAUGUCAUAAUGGUUAGCUGACAUCUUGAGCAGCUUGUUGUUUACCGUACUCUCAUUUGUACUUUGGUUUUGGAGAUGGCUAGACUAUCACUAGAGAUGGCUAGACUAUCCCUAAAGCUAAGAACAAUUUUUUUCAUCUUUUUAUCAAUCUUUUCUUUAAUUUCCAUUACUGAGAGCUCCGAGACUUGUGUUUGUGGAAAAAGGCCUUUAAUAGAUAAAAAUCAGCAGAACUCUCGUAUUAUUGGAGGAGUAAAUUCCCUGCCAGGAGCAUGGCCUUGGCUUGUAAGCAUCCAGUUUAGUAAUGGUCCUGGAUAUUCACACUUCUGUGGCGGGUCCAUCCUGAACAACCAAUGGGUGUUGACAGCGGCUCACUGUCUCAUCAAUUAUGAAAAGACAUUUGAUACACUUAGACUGGUAUUUGGAGCCCGCCAGCUUUCUAAGUUGGGUCCAGAAACCCAGAUUCGAAAGAUCAAACAGAUCAAAAUUCAUGAAAAGUACUUGGCAGAAGGAAAAAAUUCUAACGACAUUGCUCUGAUUCUACUGGAUGAGAAAAUCACAUUUAAUGACUACACCCAGCGGGCCUGUUUACCGUCUGAUUCAUUUGAUGUACAACAAAAGACUCUCUGCUAUGCAGCAGGAUGGGGUGUUCUCAAAGAAAAAGGCCAGGAAGCUGCAGAUAUCCUUCAAGAAGCACGGGUGUUUAACAUCAAUAAUGAACUUUGCAACAGCUCUGAAUGGUAUAAUGGCAAAGUUUACAAGUACAACCUGUGUGCUGGUCAUAAGGAAGGCAAGAUUGACAGCUGUCAGGGUGACAGUGGAGGUCCUCUUAUGUGCAAGAGAAAUACAAAUAAUGACUAUGUUGUGGUUGGAGUGACAAGCUGGGGAACAGGCUGUGCCCGAAUGCAACGCCCUGGAAUUUACAUCUCUACCCAGCACUUUAGCAAAUGGAUUGAUAGCAAGAUCUUCCAGAAAGAAGCGAAACCCAAGACUAAGACAAAGAGGUCUUUACUAGAAAAGAUCCUUCUUCCCCAACUUCCCACUCAGUUACCGACAACUCGAAGUAAAGUUAUUCUGUCCCGGGCACAGCUGGAUGUAUUUGUACAAAGUCCAAAAGUAGAGCAACAACCGACGGAAGUAUUUAAGAAUAAAGCAGCCGAUGAACUUCUUACAGAUACGAAUCCAGUUCAGCAUGCCCAGAUAAUGGCAACAACAGAUCCUGAGCACAUGGGCUUGCGCAAAUCUUUAUGGCACAGUUUUACACAGAUUUAUAGUCGCAUCACUGCCUAUUUACGGUCUGCCUAAUGGGCGCAAUUCUGUCUUAAAUAAAAUAUGAUUUGUAUUCAGAUUA